AUGGCUAGUAUCGCACCCGAAAUUGUUAAUUCCGGAGCUUACAGGAUUACAGCUCAGGAACCCAGCGUCUGGCCUGGCGAUCCUAAUUUAGCCGCCCUAUAUUUGCCAUCAUCAUCUGCUUUGGGUCCACUUACCUCUCAAGGAUCUCCUGUUAAUUUGGCAGUGGUAUCGAGUAGUGGAAGUUUGGGUGUGGACUUUGUGCGCCAGAGCGUCAGAAAGUUUGGUGGACUUCGCAGCUCCCAACGACAGAAUAUCCAGGGCAGUGGCUCUGCUGGGGUACGGCAACAGCGUCGACAACAGCGACACAUGCAAGAUACUAGCGAAAGUAGUAGUGAUGGUGAUUCCAAUGCAGAUAUCUACACAACCACUGGAGGUGAUUCUAUGACGGUAAUAAAUCCAAAUAGAGAAAUAACUGGGCUUGACCGAAGCAUUGGCGACGGUGCCCUCACAGAUACCGACUCGCGAAGAGGUGUAUCUUUGGUCGGGCGAGAGCAUCGCCUUACCUCUCUCAGUGGUCUUGAAGAUGAGACGAGGCGACGUGGAGGUUCAACUAGCGCUAACAGAGGUCGAGGUAACCUAGAGGUUCUUGGCAAGGAAGUGACUAAUGCCCUCUUUCGAAUAUGUGAAAAACGGAUAGUCUACAGUGAUUGUAUAGAAGAGGUUCCUCCUCCUGAUUGGCCUGUACUCGGUAUUUCGGUAAAACCAGAUUUACAGAUACUUAGCAGUGUUGUCCAACCGCCAUCUACAACCGCUACUAGCAGCUCGAGCGACCUCAAAGCUGUAGAACCAGUUUAUAAUAGUUUAAAUCGUGUUAUUUCGCGUCGAAGUUUUCUUCGUUCUGGUUGUUUUCCAACGCGUGAACACCUCGACUUGGAUCUACUCUCCCAGUUGAUAGAACGGGCCAUAGCAAUCCGUAAGUCUACUGCCGAUCAAUUGCACUUGAUCAACGGUAUUCAUUCUCAUUCUCCGUCUAAUCCUUCUGACACAAAUGCUACUGGUGGCCACGAGACCACCAUUCAAAGCGACUAUCGAAAUUUGAUGUCUCCAACUGGAUCUAGUGCUGGAGAUCGAGAAGAAAGCGUUUCACAUUGUCUGCCCUUGCUAAAAAUAGACAUUAUGCGAAGGUCUCCAAUCGAACUGAUGCAUGCAAAGGAAGAGGGUUGGUUUUUUAAUAUUAUUUUUCUUACCAUUGCCGACGGCAACUUUAUACUUUUAACUUCUCCCCUAUGCUUCACUUUUUUACACUUAUAUGUUUACUCCUGGGUUCUCUGGUUUUGGCUAUUACAUGAUCUUAUCAUUUAG